UGGGGGCCCAGGAAAAUGACACUUCCGGUUUACCCGGAAGUCAGAGCAAUUCCCAAAGAUGGCGGAGCAAGGUCCGAUGGCCAUCGCGAUGCGGCUACGAAACCAGCUGCAGACCGUCUACAAGCUGGACCCGCUAAGGAACGAGGAGGAGGUGAAGUUAAAGAUCAAGGACCUGAACGAACACAUCGUGUGCUACCUAUGCGCCGGCUACUUCAUCGAUGCCACCACCAUCACCGAGUGUCUGCACACAUUCUGUAAGAGUUGUAUUGUAAAGUAUCUUCAGACCAGCAAGUACUGUCCCAUGUGCAACAUCAAAAUUCACGAGACACAGCCACUACUCAACCUCAAGCUGGACCGCGUCAUGCAGGAUAUCGUCUACAAGCUGGUGCCCGGCCUGCAAGAAAGUGAAGACAAGAGAAUAAAGGAGUUCUACCAGUCGCGGGGCUUGGAGAGAGUUAUUCAACCUGUAGGAGAUGAUUGUGUUUCAGACGAGUCAGGUUUACCGUACACCAGCUUUGACCACUCCAAGGCUCACUUUUACAGAUACGACGAGCAGGUGUCGCUAUGUUUAGAAAGACUCAGUUCGUCACUCGCCGGAAAAGAAAAGACGAAACUCACGUUGCAGCAGAAGUUUGUGCGUUGUUCUGUGCGAGCGGAGGUGAGACAUCUACGCAAAGUGCUUUGUCAUCGACUCAACGUGGAAAAACAUCAGGUCCAGAUGUUGUUCAACAACGAGUUUUUGCCCGAUCACAUGACCAUGAAGCGAUUAUGGUUAUCACACUGGUUUGGAAAGGCACAGCCACUGGUGCUUCACUACACCAUCAAGGACAAGCGCAGCAGAUAGGACGAGGAAGAGGAGGAGCCCGUCGGGACUUUGGCCUUCAACAACACAGCUGUACAUAUUUUGUACAAUACAUAUUUCUAUUUUAAUAAGUGUUUGUGUACAUGAACUUAUUUUCCCUCCUUUUUGUAUUUUUGAAGAUAAAUUAAAAAUGGCAAAUUA